ACCUGUUUGGGGAAAGGAGUGCCCUGGCCAAUCCCAAAAUUUUUUAUGAUUUCGUGAACCAUGAGUUUGACCAGUAUUGCCUCUUGAAGAUGCCAUCUCCCAGAAAGGGGAAUGGCUCCAUCUAAUCCAGCUGUGCCUCUUCCUAUCUCCAGAGAUGAACCGAAAGGCUGUACUGAAGGCAGCAUUUCCUGGAGGAAGCAGUGGCCCAUUGGCAGCCCCUGCUGCAGGAAGUGAGGUGAUGCCAGGCAGAGUCACAGCAGAUGAGAGUGCUGGGAUGGCUUCUCCAGCAGCUGGGAUGGAAGAUGGUUUGGAACCCUUGGGAGUUUCUGCAGGUGUGUCUGCAGGGAAGACUUUUCAGGCUCCUUUCCUGGUUGCUGUGCACAAGCCCGGCUCCCAUCGCAGGGGUCCUCCGAGAGGGAGGAACAGAGCUACUAAACACAUGAAGACCCUGGAGGAAUCCAAAGAACUGGACCAAAUGCUGAGUGACCUAGAGAGACAGCAUGAGAUGGACCAAAGGGCUUUGCUGAAGGCAGCACUUCCUGGAGGAAGCAAUGGCUCCGUGCCAGCCCCCGAUACACGAAGGGAGGAGAUGCCAGACAGUGCCACAGAAGACGUUAUCACUGAAACAGGAAUAUUUGCCCCGGAUCCAGUGCGCCUCCCAAGAAUUGUCUGCCCCCAGCAUGCGCGCAGGUCCUGCAUGAUAGGCACGGUGGUGACACUGUUCACCGUGCCCCUCAUGCUGAUCGGCUGCUAUCUUGGCAUUCGGAAGCUGUACCAGAGCAGACAUGCUUUUUCCAGUUAUUUGAUAUAGUGAAUGAUGGCUGGACCAUCGAGGAUCUCGUCUCGACGGUGGUAGCUCUAUUCCCCUUCCUCUCUUUUCUCUCUUUUUCCCUUUUCUGUCCCUUCUAUCGCAUUUGCUGUUGGUACCUAAAUAAAGAUGCAUUUGUUGUGAUUAAAGUGAUGGUCCCUUGCCAUUUGCAGUUUUGCACUUUUGGGAUCGGUUAACAAACCAUCACAAACACCCCGCAAGAGUGGAUUGUGACC